AUAUAAUUGACUUUUUCUCUCUCUCUCCCUCCCCGUUCCACUUUUUGGGCUUCAGCUCUUAAAUCACAAAUUCACACAUAUAGACACUGAUAUCCAUGUAUAUUUAAUCUGUAUCUAUAGACCGUGAAAAGAGAGAGGUUGUUGAUGGGUUGUACUUCUUUUCACGCUCUCUCUGUCUAGACCAUUUUCGUUUCUAUCUCUAGACUUUUGAGCUGAUAUGAUGAUAUUUAGUUCUGUUUUUUUUAUAAUUUGAGCCAGUUUCGUUUACCAUCAUAAUUUUUUUAGAGAGAGAUGGGGGCAUGUGUUUCUGGACCUAAGAAUUGUGUGGGAGGUAAAUCGGGAGUUCCAAGAAUGAAGAAUAGGAAGAGAAGGAGAGUUAUGAAGAGAAGUAAUCCUUAUCAUGUAUCUGAUCGAUCGUUGCCUUUGGAUCGUCCCUUCAACAAUCCCACUUUCCAUGGAAGUGUUGAAGAAGCCUGGUUUGAUUCUGCUGCAGUACUUGAAUCUGACUGGAGUGAUGAAGAUUUCCAAAGUGCUCCCGAUGAUGUGCUCUCUCUGAGUGGCUUUGAUGGGGAAUCAUUAACUGGUCAUUCUGCUCGCAACUCAGUCAGUGAAACAGCAAGAGUGAAAUCUGAUGGAACUAUAAACGAGAUAAAGCCAGUGUUCGCUGAUGAAGUCUCCUCGACUUCUGGAGAAAAUGCUGGCCGGGAGGGCAGCUUGUUGGACAAUUGCGGAAUUCUUCCACACAACUGCUUGCCUUGUCUUGCUUCUGCUGUCCCGUCAGUUGAAAAGAGAACAUCCUUGAGCUCUAGUCCUCCAAGUACAAGGAAAAAGGCUGCCUUGAAACUUUCUUUCAAAUGGAAGGAAGCACAUCAUAAUACGACUUUGUUUUCUUCUAAGGCACUUCUGCAACGACCUCUAGCUGGUUCGCAAGUGCCUUUCUGCCCCUUUGGAAAGAGAGUAGCUGAUAGCUGGUCAAACAUUGAGCCAAGCACUUUCAAAGUGAGGGGAGAGAAUUAUUUCAGGGACAAGAGGAAGGAGUUUGCUGCUAAUUCUGCCGCGUACUAUCCUUUUGGUGUUGAUGUAUUUUUAUCUCAGAGAAAAAUUAAUCAUGUAGCUCGGUUUGUGGAACUUCCCAUUAGUGAAUCAUCCAGGAUACUUCCACCUAUUCUUGUUGUCAAUGUUCAGGUAUUCCCACUUUUCAGGAUGUCUGCACUCUUGUAAGCUGGCCGUAAUAUG